CGUGGUCGCGGUCGAGAUCGCUGCUCCCCUUGUCUUCUUAGCAUUUUCCGACAUUUCUCUUGGCUUCGGCUUCGUUCGCGGAAAGUCCGUUCCGUGCAACCUGCGCGUUAAUAGCACUCGCGCUUUUUAUAUUUUUAAAACCUCUGCAUAUAUUGUUGUUAGUUUAGAAAUUAGCAAAAUUAUUUUAGACGUACGUGCACUGCCACUAGUAGUGCACUCCCAAGUAGUGGGUAGAAUCGUAAAACCGAAGACAAACAACAACAAGUGGAAACACGCCCAGAAAGUGUGCAAUUUUGAAGAGUGCUAGGAUAGUUUCAACUACUGCCUCUACGGAUAUCUAAUCUGCGCUGCAGCUUUAAUGGAACGUGCGCAUUCCCAUGUGCGUGUGGAUUACUCGUUUCCCUCGUUAUCUGUCUCAUCGUCCAGAGAGCGCUUUACAGUUGGCGCGCGCACAGCUCGCAGGCCGCAAACGGGCGUAUUACUAGUGUUGCAUUAUUAAGAUUCAGUCGAAAUGAAGCGGGACGUGUCCACCUCGACCAUUGGGCGCGAUGAGGCGCGCCGUCCGCUGAUGGAAGCCUAUAUGUUCCAACGCCGUGUGCUGCUUGGAUGCAGUGUCCUGAAGGUAGUGUCGCUGCUUAUUUGGAUUCUGGCUAUAACAACGGAUCACUGGAUCAUUAUAUCGGGAGGCGCAGGAAUUUUUAUACCCGAAUCCCGUCGCUUUUUCAUGUCAUCGCAUUCGGGUCUGUGGCGGCAUUGUCGAAACACCAUUGUUCCGAAUGCACUCAGUAAUGCCCAAGUUAUAAGGAACUUCACAUCGAUGUCGUACACCUCCCAAGCCCUUAUCAAUGAUGCCAAACGCAACCUGUCCAAUACGGAUUUCAUUAAGCAUUUCUCCGAAGAAAAAUUAGAUGAGUCCGAGACCUUUACAGAACAAGCCCGUCGACGAAUGUUCGCUCAUUGGGCGCGCGGAGACGAGCAGGAUUUUCAAACAUUUCGCAGUGCCUUUCAAAACCUGGUCAUGUCUACGGAAGCGAGUGAGCGCGAAAUGAUUCCCAUUAACGCCAAACCCAUCCACGUCGAUCCUCUCGAUGUUCAUUUCGCGCGCCUUACUUUUGGCGAGGCACUGCAGCGCGUCAAAUACAACAACAGCUAUUCCUACUAUGUGAUACCGGAAGUGGCCCAGCAGGCCAUAUUUAGCAAUUGGACUGAGUAUCCGUUGGUGGUGCGCCUGCUCGGUACAUAUAUUCGCGAUAUAGGCAUACCCGCCUACGUUCUAAACGAAGGGCGUGUCAUCUUGACGCUGGUGCCGCCCUUACCGCCAAAUAAACCUGGGCAGACUGCCUACUAUAGUUACAUACCGAAUCAACGCUGCAAAUACAUCGAUAUGUUUCCAAACUCCCACACGCUGCGCAAUGAGCCCGGCUUUGAUGACGAAUUAAUGGAUUACAUACGCACACAGGCAUCCUUUGCCUGUAUCACAGUGUUCGUAAUGUCCCUGGGCGCCGUCUUUUCCUUCUACACGUUCAUGAAUCCGCGAUAUAUGUUUAAACGUCUGGCUGGUGGUAUACAUCUGGUAGCAGCGGCAACGGCUUUAGUUGUCAUACAAGUUCUGUUUUCAUCUGUGGACUAUACCAGAGAAAAUUUGUUCUAUGCAUACCCGGAUGGUGCGGAAUUGAUCUAUGGCUACGGUGUCUAUUUGGCCUGGUUCACCUUUGUUGUCAACAUUGUGUGCGGUUUAAUGUUCCUUUGGUACUCUGGCAAGAAGAAGGGCGCAAAGGCACCCAACGACGAAGUUGCUAUGGCCGAUGAGCCCACAAUAAUGGGCAGAUGAAUAGAGAAGGACCGAUUAUAGUGAAACUAUAGCUAGUCUACUGUAACGAAAGACCAAAGCAAUCAACCAUGUAUUUAGGUUGCAACUUUUUACAUAUUUAUUUUUGUUACAUAUCUGUUGCUUUCUUUACAAAUAAUAGCUUUAUUUAAAGAGUUCGCCUUUAAAUAAAUUUAAGGAUCUAAACGCAAUAAAAGAGAUUGAUUUAAAUUAAA